GUGCGUGCGCGGGCUGAGAAAGCGACGGGGAGCCCCAGGCGGGAGCGCGCGGCGUCUCCACCCGAGACAAGAGACCAACAAGAAAGGAUGAAAUCAACAGAUCUGUGCCUUAGCUCUCCAGGGGCUGAAGUUGUUCUAGCCACAUCAAGUGAUGAAAAAUACCCCCCUGAAAACAUCAUUGAUGGAAGUUCAGAAACGUUUUGGACAACAACAGGAAUGUUCCCCCAGGAAUUCAUUAUUAGUUUUCAUAAAUGUGUAAAAAUCAGCAAACUCACAAUCCAGUGUUACUUAGUGCGGAGUUUGAGGAUUGAGAAAAGCUUAUCUAAAGAUCCAGUAGCUUUUGAAGUGUGUAUUGAAAAAGAUUUACAAUACACAGAAGGGGCGCUUCAAACAGAAGAAUUUUCUCUUCCUGAAUUCCAAGCUACCUACUUGCGAUUCAUCAUCAAAUCUGCCUUUGAUCAUUUUGUUUCAGUGCACACAGUGAUGGCAGAAGGAGUAGCAGAAAAUAUUUAAGACCAAAUUUAAAGAAUUGCCUCAAAAAUUAUUUUGUAAUGAUAUUUGUAGCAUAAAGGAUAUAUAUUAUUCAAACAUUAUAUUAAAAUGGAU